AUGCUCAAAAAUCCAGUAGACGUGGACAUUGAAUUUUUGACCAAAGUAUGCAUUUUGAACAUCCAGCAUGCUGUACAGUUCGAGUAUGAACUUGGACUUAUUCGGGCCAGCGAAAUGCCAGAAUGCCAGAGAGCGUCGCCGAAUGUCAGAAGGAAGAUUGCUAAAGCAGCUGAGGAAUUAGCAACAAGUUUUGGAGAAAAGGGCAAAGAUGUAGAAGAAAGUAUUCUCCGCCCACUUCAUCUAGCCAAGGAUCAACAACUUGAGAAUGUUGUUCCUCAAAGUCUCAGUCAAAUGGUCCUUGGCAUGAGAGCAGAAGCACGUCAAGCUGCAGAGGAGGAGAAAAGAAUGUUGCCAAUGGAUGAGCCAUCGCAGACUUCCCAACUAUACGAGAGUCGAGCACAGCGAGUGCGAAUGAUGCUUAUGCAUUCUAAAGGACCUCAAGGUUCCAGUGUCACAGAAGAGCUGUCAAGGUUGGCUGAGCCAAGCAGAACCAAAAUGAGUGUGUCGGGAGAAAUGCGAGCACAAGUCAUUCAAUCAGGCACUGAGCCUGAGAAGAGCAUGUUGGAUAAAUUGAAGGAACCAGAUAUGAUGUUGGACAAGCAGCAGUUUCCUUCUGUAGAGGUGGAAGAGAGGAAAGAGAGGGGACCAAGUGUUUCUGGCAUGUUGCAUGAAGAAAUCCAGCAGAGGCUUCCACGAAGACCCAGUCAACGUGCAAUUUCACAGCAAUCCAUUGAUCUGUUUGGAUCUCCUGGUCUGGGGAUUUUUCCACUGGAUUACAUGAAGCAGGCAAGGGCACCAGAGGAUCCAUUCAAAAUGGAAAUUUGGGAGAAGAUGCACCAGAAGGAAUUACAGCUUGCCAUCACUCAUCCACCUGUCAAUGCCUUUGAGGAGCUCAUCCUUCUCACCUACCAAGGAAAACUCUGGCCUUUUCCAAUAGACAAUGAAUUUGGUCUGGAUGAAGAGAAGGUGGGAUUCCAGGAGCAUGUAUUCUUGGAGAAGCACCUGGAGGACUGGUGUCCAGCAAAAGGUCCAGUGAGGCAUUUCAUGGAGUUGGUUUGUGUUGGCCUCUCCAAGAAUCCCUUUAUCACAGUCCAAUACAAGGAGGACACAAUUCUAUGGUAUCGGGAUUUCUUUGAUGCAAAGCGUGGCAUCCUAGAAAAGACUGGUGCUGUACUACCCUCAUGA